CUCUCAAAGGCCAAACAACAUAUAGAGCAAAGUUCUUCUCCCUUCUCUCUUCUCUGCUCCCUCCUAUCAAAUUGUGGGCAUCCUUAAGGUUUCCAUCAUGCAUUUGUUCGGAUUUGUGGUGUUAUGUGGUCUACUUGCUAGCCCGGUUUGGGCUACCACUCAUCAACAUGACUUUGUUAUAGAAGAAACUCCCUACAGUCGGCUCUGUGACACCAAGAAAAUCCUGACGGUGAACGGCCAGUUCCCAGGGCCAACCAUCAAAGCUCGCAAGGGUGACACCGUUAUCGUUAGGGUUUACAACCAUGCGGGGAAAAACAUCACGCUCCAUUGGCAUGGGGUGGACCAGCCAAGGAAUCCAUGGUCCGACGGCCCGGAGUACAUCACGCAGUGUCCAAUCCAGCCUGGAGCCAACUUCACGUACACCAUCUUGUUCUCUGAAGAGGAAGGCACCCUCUGGUGGCAUGCCCACAGCGACUGGGAUCGGGCGACGGUACAUGGAGCCAUUAUAGUGUACCCUCGGCGCGGAACCACCUUCCCCUUCCCCAAGCCCUACAAGGAGAUACCCAUCAUUCUAGGAGAAUGGUGGAUCGCCAACGUGAGUGAAGUCAUAGAAGACGCUCUCCGCACCGGCGGUGACCCGCAAAUAUCCGAUGCCUACACCAUCAACGGCCAACCCGGCGACCUCUACGACUGCUCCAAACCAGGAACAUUCAAGGCUUUAGUGGAGCAUGGCAAGACUUACCUCCUCCGAGUGGUCAAUGCAGCCGUCAACAACGAGCUCUUCUUCGCCAUUGCCGGACACCGGCUCACGGUGGUCGGCACCGAUGCGAGCUACACUAAGCCCUUCACGACCGACUUCAUCAUGAUCACACCAGGCCAGACCAUGGACCUCCUUCUUGAGGCCAACCAACCAGUCGCUAACUCUACCAACAAUCGUUACUACAUGGCAGCUUCGGCCUACUCGAGCGCGGUUAACGUCGCGUUCGAUGACACUACCACGACAGCCAUCGUGGAGUACAUCAACGGCACCAGUACUUCAUCGACCUCUCCGCCACUCCCCUACCUCCCAUCAUUCGACGACACCGAUUCGGCCACCAACUUCACCGCCAACCUCCGGUCUCUGGCGAGCAAAGACCACCCGGUCGACGUCCCGCAAACCAUCGAUGAACGGAUCAUCAUCUCGGUAUCGGUCAAUGAGAUUUUAUGCCCCAACGGAUCGUGCGCGGGGCCGAAUGGAAACCGGCUCGCCGCUAGCCUUAACAACGUAAGUUUUACUUUACCGUUCAUCGAUAUCCUCGACGCCUACUACCGGAACAUCGAUGGGGUCUACCGGACGGGGUUUCCAAGCGAGCCGCCAUUCUACUUCAACUUCACCGGAGAUAACUUGCCGUUCAGCUUGUUGUUUCCGAGGAGCGCGACGGAGGUUAGGGUCUUGGAGUACAAUACUAGCGUGGAGGUCGUGUUCCAGGGAACUAACCUUUUGGCUGGGGAGAACCAUCCCAUGCACUUGCAUGGCUUUAGCUUCUACGUGGUGGGACGGGGGUUCGGAAACUAUGACAAGGAGAAGGACCCGGAUAGCUAUAAUUUGGUGGACCCACCAUUCGAGAACACGGUUGGAGUGCCCAAGAAUGGGUGGGCGGCUAUCAGGUUCAGGGCUGCAAACCCAGGCGUCUGGUUCAUGCACUGCCACUUGGAUCGCCAUGCCAGCUGGGGAAUGGACACUGUGUUCAUAGUGAAGAAUGGUGCGAGCCCGCAAGCUCGAAUGCUGCCUCCACCUUCAAACAUGCCUCCUUGUUAGAAGAUUCAAUCAAGAAAGCUUUAGAUAUGAGUUGCUUGCAGCGUUGGAAAUAUUAAACCAUAGUAAUAUUAAUCCUUCCCCAUCAAUAUCAGUUAAUAAAGGGACAGACACUCUCUGUUUCACAUGGGGAACUGGAAGAUAGAUUUAUUUCAUUAUUCUUGUAAUUUUCUUUUUUUUUCAUUAUUUCAAUUGUAAGUAGCUUGUAACUUUGUGGAUCAUCUCAAUAAAUUAAUAUUUUAAAUCAAAA